AAAAUUGACAAACGUCAAAAAUGCGACAGCGGCCUUGAAGACGAGAUAAUCGAAACGCACGAAUCGUCUGAUGAUGAAUCGUUGGGAUUGCAUGCGAUUUUCAGCAUUCGAGUAGUGAAGAUGAAGAGGAUCAGAAGGGAUCUGAAGAAGAAGCAGAUCCUUCAGAUUCGAGCAGUGAAGAUGAGGAGGACAUCGCAGAUCGUUCCAAUCACAUAAUGAGCCUUUAUACCCCACAUAUGGUCCGAAAAAUCCAGGAAUUGCCCUUACCUCCAAUGAUGAAAAAAUAUCUUAAUUAUAACAGAGAUAUGAACUUUGAAGAUGAUGAAUAAGUUUAAU